UCGGAACUUAUUUAAAAUCCACAUAUGAAAGCUUCCUUCCCCAAAGUUACAGAACGGCUCUUCGACACUGUACUGAUAGUGGGGAAAGUUCCGCUCAGGGAAAUUGUCAGCAACGCAUUUCGGAAACGCGAUUGAGGAAAACGAUAAUUGGAUAGCUGUAGAACCACCGGUGCCAAAAGAAACAUCACAACCAUAUCCUGACUCUGGAAUUGAAAUCUGUGUUUAAGAAGCUUAACAAAUGCAGAGCUUAAAACAGCAAGAUUAUUACCGAACGUGUAGUUUCCCAGCACUUCCGGGAAUGGUGUUCCCGGAUCCGUCCUAUGGGAAAACGGCAUGGUCCCCACAGUCGAGCCCGCAAAGUCCAGGUUACCCUCAUCCAAAUUCAAUAUCUGCUAUAAGUAAGCCUGGCUUUGAGGUUCCAUACUCGUCCUGGCGUCCGCAAGGGAGUGGACAAAUUCAGUUGUGGCAGUUCCUCUUAGAAUUACUAUCCGACAGUAGUCUGUCAAACUGUAUCACAUGGGAGGGAACCAAUGGCGAGUUCAAGCUGGUCGACCCGGACGAGGUGGCCCGACGCUGGGGGGAGAGGAAGAGUAAACCUAACAUGAACUAUGACAAACUGAGUCGGGCGCUCAGAUACUACUACGACAAAAACAUUAUGACAAAGGUACACGGCAAGAGAUAUGCAUAUAAAUUUGACUUUGCUGGUUUAGCACAAGCUAUGCAGCCGGCCACAGCCGACCCAACGUCUUAUAAAUACCAACAGGACUUCUUCAUGUCAAGUUAUCACCAUAAUACAAAGCUCAACUUCAUGAAUGCUCAUCCUCCAAUGCCGACCUCAAGUGCUCACAGUUUGUUUGGCCCCCCAUCAGGAUACUGGUCAGCGCCCAGUCCAAACCUUUACCCUAACAUUCCAAACCACCACAUGGCGCACCACACCUCACACAUGACACCACAUCUGGGUUCAUAUUACUCAUGAAAAACACGUGCACUGACUUAAAAGGCAUUCCAUUUUCAUGAAAAAAAUGCUUUCAAUGAAAGAUCAACUCCUUGACAGAAGAAAACAAUUUCUUCGUUUAAAAGUGAGAACAAACAACUUUCUCCGUUAGCAUUCCAUGGCUGUGAUGUUCGUCUGUUUUCACAGAUUGAGCGAAGAGGACAAGUAACUUGCAAUAUUGAUAUAUUGCCAGAAUAUGCCGUGUGUUUGGACAGGCCUGUUAAGUCCUGCCGUACUAAGUAGCAUACGUUUCUGUGAGUUGUGCCAUUUGCUGAGUUGAUGGCAAAAGACCAGACCAAUGUUCCCUGUUGUGAAGGGCAAUGCUUUUCUUUCCCCUUCAAAACGUUAUUGAUGAAAUCGGUUGUCGCUGUCCAGUGCCAUCGUCUAUAAGGAGUGUGUGUCGGCACUCCUCACCCUUGCAGUAGGGGCAAGAUGGGAGCUAUAAUUAAGUGAUACGUCAAGAACUCUAACGGGUUAAGAUCAGUCUAGUAAGCUAUUGAUUAUUUUUACUAUGAUAAAUCUAGAGACGUAAUAAAUUAAUCGAAGGAAAUGUCUUUUUCUAAUGUACAGAUGAAAUAUAGAGUAUGAACGAAUGAUCUAUGAGAUGUGCACGAUCAAUUCCAUUUUCACAACAGUUGCUAGAAUCGACGACGGAAGGAAGUUGGUCCGGAGACGCUAUUCCGCUAGUAAUUUCUUCCUUCUUGAGUGAGUUCAUUUAGUAUCGUUGAGUCUGACAGAUAGAAAAUUGGAUUUCUCAACUGGAAAGAAUAAAAAGUCGAGUUUAGACUUCUUCCGAUUACAGAGAUCGUAUCCGCUUUUAUAUAACAACGUGCCUUGUGUUUGUAAUGCCCAUACACGCAGUCUUACCCUGCGAUUGGGAUGAACAUUUCGUAUGGAUAUUUUGGAUUAUCUCUGAUUUUUAUUCUUAUCGAUAUAGCAAAUCAGAUUCAUUUCCUGUACUGGCGUGGUUGCACAGCCGUAAGUGCUCCCGUGGGCACGCACUGUGUUGUCGCAUUUGGUUGUUACCAUUAUUUACCGGUAUGGUCCGAGGCGCAUGUUUAACUGUUAUCCUAAUUAAACGAUGGGGCAAACAUUAAGAUAGAAAUAAUACCAUCUAAACCAUAAGAGGUCUCAUCUUCGCUCAAUGUCCGCUGUCACCUGCGAGAAUUCAUAUAGACCCAUGAAUAAAGCACUCUCUCAAUAGUCCCACGUUCCCUUAUAGCUAAUAAUUGCUAAAUGUUGGUUGAGACGCGAAUAAUGAUGUUGGAUAAAUAGCCACGAAUGGCACUCUGUGCAAUAAAUGACGUUCUUUCUCGUGUGAUCUCUAAGACACGUGCCUAUGCACGGUCGUUUCUAUGACGGUUCGUGCUCGCCGGAAUAACAGUGGUCUGUAUGUAACCGUUUGUACUGAGACUAAUUAUUAGUUUUAUUAUGGCCUUCCAUCCUUACGGUGAAUAGGACGAGCUAUUGUAAAUAUUAGGACGGUCAGGAGAAGCGUGUGGUGUCACAAGGAUAAAAGUGAAACAUUCAAGUUCGAACAAUGACAAUGACAAUGAGAUCAUUUCAAACGUAUUGUGUUGAAAUGAGAUAUUGUUCGGAUGUGUUGUCUAUGAGAUAUAUGGAUGCGAUGAUGGGUUUAAUAAAAUGUGAUAAAAAUAAAAUUAUUUAA